CCGGCACAGUAUCUGUGAGCAAAGGGGGCGGAGCCGUGACGUGGGCGCGCCGGGCCGGAUUACUCACUGCUGAAGGAUAGCCCGAGCGGCCACAAUACACCCAGGCAGCUCUUCCACCACGGCCCAGGACAGAGUGGGAAGUGUCAUCGUUUCUCCCUUGCGUCUUGUCUACCUGCGGUGUCGUGAAAGAUGCCUGCCGUGUCCAAGGGGGAUGGAAUGCGGGGCCUGGCCGUGUUCAUAUCAGACAUCAGAAACUGCAAAAGUAAAGAAGCAGAAAUAAAGAGAAUAAACAAAGAGCUGGCCAAUAUUCGUUCCAAGUUCAAGGGAGACAAAGCUCUAGAUGGCUAUAGCAAGAAGAAAUAUGUCUGCAAGCUGCUCUUUAUAUUUUUGCUGGGCCAUGACAUUGACUUUGGACACAUGGAGGCAGUAAAUCUGCUGAGCUCCAACAAGUACACAGAGAAGCAGAUUGGCUACCUCUUUAUCUCUGUGCUGGUGAACUCCAACAGCGAGCUUAUAAGGCUCAUCAACAAUGCCAUCAAGAACGACCUAUCAAGCCGCAACCCUACCUUUAUGGGACUUGCCCUGCACUGCAUUGCUAACGUGGGUAGCCGUGAAAUGGCUGAGGCUUUUGCUGGUGAGAUCCCCAGAAUUUUGGUGGCUGGGGACACCAUGGACGGUGUUAAACAGAGUGCCGCCCUCUGCUUGCUACGACUUUACCGCACCUCUCCCGACCUUGUUCUCACUAAUGAAUGGACUUCACGAGUUGUCCAUCUUCUCAACGAUCAGCACUUGGGUGUUGUAACUGCUGCAACCUCCCUGAUCACUUCACUGGCACAGAAAAACCCAGAAGAGUUCAAAACAUCAGUGUCCCUGGCAGUCUCCAGACUAAGCAGGAUUGUCACAUCGGCUGCCACAGACUUGCAGGAUUACACCUACUACUUUGUUCCUGCUCCUUGGCUGUCUGUGAAACUGCUAAGGCUGUUACAGUGUUAUCCUCCCCCAGAGGACCCUGCAGUCCGAGGCCGACUGACAGAAUGCCUGGAGACAAUCCUGAACAAGGCGCAAGAGCCCCCCAAAUCCAAAAAGGUGCAGCAUUCCAAUGCCAAGAAUGCUGUACUGUUUGAGGCGAUAAGUCUCAUAAUCUACCAUGACAGUGAACCCAACCUCCUUGUCAGGGCGUGCAACCAGCUUGGACAGUUUCUUCAGCAUCGGGAGACCAAUCUGCGGUACCUGGCUCUGGAGAGCAUGUGCACAUUAGCCAGCUCAGAGUUUUCACAUGAGGCAGUUAAGACGCAUAUAGAAACUGUCAUCAAUGCACUAAAGACAGAAAGGGAUGUUAGUGUGCGACAGAGGGCGGUUGAUCUCUUGUAUGCAAUGUGUGACAGGAGCAACGCACAGCAGAUUGUGGCAGAGAUGCUCAGCUACCUGGAGACGGCAGAUUAUUCCAUUCGGGAGGAGAUUGUGUUAAAAGUUGCCAUCCUCGCUGAAAAAUAUGCCGUUGAUUAUACAUGGUACGUGGACACGAUCCUAAACCUCAUUCGUAUUGCUGGGGACUACGUCAGUGAGGAGGUUUGGUACCGUGUCAUCCAGAUUGUCAUCAAUAGAGAUGAUGUGCAGGGGUAUGCAGCCAAGACUGUGUUUGAGGCUCUCCAAGCCCCUGCAUGCCAUGAGAAUCUUGUAAAGGUUGGAGGAUACAUCCUUGGCGAAUUCGGAAACCUCAUUGCCGGUGAUCCCCGCUCUAGUCCUUUAAUUCAGUUUAACCUGCUCCACUCCAAAUUCCACCUGUGCAGCGUUCCUACCCGGGCGCUACUCCUCUCUGCCUACAUCAAGUUUAUAAACCUGUUUCCGGAAAUUAAGCCUACCAUACAGGAUGUGCUACGCAGCGACAGCCAGCUCAGAAAUGCUGAUGUGGAGCUGCAGCAAAGAGCUGUGGAAUAUCUUCGUCUUAGCUCCAUCGCCAGCAAUGAUAUCCUGGCCACCGUUUUGGAAGAGAUGCCUCCAUUUCCCGAGCGAGAAUCUUCCAUCCUGGCAAAGCUGAAGAAGAAAAAGGGGCCCAGCACCGUUAUAGAUCUGGAAGAUACAAAGAAAGAGAAGAGUAAUUCUGAUUUAAACGGGAUCACUGAGCAUGCACCUGUCAGUACAUCGCAACAGCUUAUUGUUGAAGAUCAAGUCACUUACGCCGUCCGUCAACGUCCACUUUCUCUUCUGGUGCCCACCCCAUCCAGCAGCCAUUGCCUAUAUUCUGGGACCAGUCAUCUUGCAGCAGCUCUGCCAGUCUUCCAGUCCACUCCAUCUCCCUCCGCUGACCUGCUGGGUUUGGGCGCUUCCUCUGGUUCCAGUUCUACUGCUAAAGCCGCUCCAUCUGCUGGCAAUCUACUUGUUGACGUCUUUGCAGAUGCCUCCCUCCCUGUUGCCGCUGUCGCUUCAGAGGCAGAGGAUCAUUUUUCAAGUGAUGUUCAAACACCUUUAGAAGGGGCAUCAGGGGAACCAGACCCCUCUGUGGACGAUGCAGAGGAUUCCUUCCACAAGCUUAUCUGUAAGAACAAUGGAGUCCUCUUUGAGAAUCAGCUGCUGCAAAUUGGUGUGAAAUCAGAGUUCAGGCAAAAUCUAGGCCGAAUGUUUAUCUUCUUUGGAAACAAGAUGUCCUCACAGUUUCAGAAUUUCACAUCUACUGUUAUAUGUUCCGAUGAACUUUCUGCCAGUCUGAAUGUGCAGUCAAAGCCAGCAGAGGACACUGUCGAUGGAGGGGCACAGGUGCAGCAGGUGGUGAACGUUGAAUGUGUGCAGGAAUUUACAGAUCAUCCUCUUCUAAACAUUCAGUUCAGAUACGGAGGAGCAUUCCAGAAUGUGUCAGUGAAGCUGCCUAUCACACUGAAUAAGUUCUUUCAGCCGACAGAGAUGAGCUCUCAGGAUUUUUUCCAGCGUUGGAAGCAGCUUAGCAGCCCAAAUCAAGAGGUCCAGAAAAUUUUCGAGGCAAAGAAUCCAAUGGAUACAGAUAUUACAAAGGCCAGGCUCAUUGGAUUCGGCCCAGCUGUCCUGGACAAUGUGGAUCCAAACCCGUCCAAUUACGUAGCUGCUGGAAUCAUCCAGACCAAAUCUCGACAAGUUGGGUGUCUCUUAAGGCUUGAACCCAACGAGCAGGCCCAGAUGUACCGGCUCACUAUCCGCACAAGCAGAGAAGAUGUUUCCCAGUCGUUAUGUGACCUGCUUUCUGAGCAGUUUUAAUCCACCAUCAUGCUGGCCCUGAAACUCCUUGUCUUUGUGAUGUCCCACUCCUGCCUUCCAGUCUUUCAUCUCAGUGAAAAUAAAUAUUACGUACACAA